AUGUCGGUGUUGACUUUAAGUACUGAAAUUGUAAAUAAAUAUGUCAGAGAGGAAAUUCAACAAGAGACAUUACAACAAAUGAGAAAAGCUUUCAAGGAUUUGAACAAUUAUCUCACUACAACAAAAAUGGUGAAAAAACGAAGGAGAUCAAGAAAAGUUGUUACCAAACAGUUGAAGGCGAUGAAUCGAGAAAAUCCCUGUUUAUAUCAGAAAUUAGAACAUCGAGAACAGUUCUGCACCAGCAGCAAUAGCAACACACCAUGA